CCUCUCCCUCUUCCCCUGCCCAGCCUGGCAUUGGCACAGUCCACACACGGCUCUCCUGGCAGCCAACACGGGCCUCCAGACCUCAGGGAAAACCAUGGAGACAUCAGGACCCUCCUCCCAGACUCCAGAUCACAGUCGAGUCCAUGGAGAAACAGAAGAUCUAGACUAUGAAGAGACGGAUUUCCACAAGUCAGACAGGGAGGCUGGACUCCUUUCUCAUGAACAACCCAAGAGAGACGAGUCUUCUACCUCCUUCUCCUCUUCCUCCCUGUCAUCCUGCUCUUCCUCAGGUGCUGAGCAUGAGGAGCCUGACCUUUUGAAGGAUGAGCUUCAGCUCUAUGGAGGUGCCCCUGGAGAGGUGGUGCCCUCUGGAGAAUCAGGACUCCGAAGAAGAGGCUCUGACCCAGCAAGUGGAGAAGUGGAGGCCUCUGAGUUAAGAAGACUGAAUAUAAAGAAAGAUGAUGAGUUUUUCCAUUUUGUCCUGCUCUGCUUUGCCAUUGGGACCUUGCUGGUGUGUUAUCACUAUUAUGCAGACUGGUUCAUGUCCCUUGGGGUCGGCCUGCUCACCUUCGCCUCCCUGGAGACCGUUGGCAUCUACUUUGGGCUGGUGUACCGGAUCCACAGCAUCCUGCAUGGCUUCAUCCCCCUCUUUCAGAAGCUUAGGCUGAUGGGAUUCAGGAAGACCGACUGAGGCCAGUGCUGGGCCGGCAGCUGCACUGGGCCCCAGUAUGACCACCACUGCAUCUCCUGAAUGUGCAAGGGCAGAGCCCCAUUCUGGGAGACACGCGGGCGGGCCAGUCUAGAGCAAUAAAGAGAGCACUUUUCCUUCCGUGUCGUCUGAACGUUGGCACCAGCCUGGACCCAGGUAUCAUUUGGGCAGUAUUGGCAUGCAAUCCAGCUGCCAGGAUGGAAAGCAGAGGCAAGGUGCCAGGCCUAUGCCCUUUGCGGUUCCUGGAUCAACAGGAGGAUUCUAGGAUGUCACUGCUCUCAGGAGACAGUAGGAGACCCCUGGGCUCUGCAAGCUGUCAUUCGUGUGGGCUCCUGAUUCCUCUCAAAUCCCCAAGCCAUCCAGGUGGGGUGAGAGAGGAAAGAGAGCCCACUGCCCCGAGGCAGGGAGCCAUCAUGCCGGGCCCCUAGGGUGAACCUGAUACAGGCGAGCUGCUGGGGACUAAAGCCACAGCAUCAAGGCAUCUUCUCUAGCCCUAUUGCCUAGUGCCAGCCCCGCUGCCUUGGAUUCCAUUAAGAUUCAAAUAAACGUUUUCUUCCCUGGACUAAAGAGAGUCAGCUAAAUGUUCCUUCAAGUUUCUUGAGCAUGAGAACACAUUUGGAGUCUCCUUUGACCCAUCUAGUCAGGGAGGACACCUUGUCUAUUGGAUAAAGUAUAAAAGGGAAUAAAUGUACAGCCCCUCACUUAAGGUCCAAGACUCAAAUUGCACAAGUUCAGGAAGAGGGUUUUGCAAACUUUCCUAUGAAAAGAUGUGGGCCUGCUAGGUGCUCUAAGCCCAACAAAUACCAAAUGAGUGAAAUAGAAGCACACAUACACAAAAAUCCCUUGCAAACUUGGGUUGCAUAAAUGGAGGUACAGAGUCUAGAUUGAAGGAGGUGAUAGUACACCCUACUUUACACAGCUAUUCCACACCAACGCACAUAUUCAGUUCUAGAUUAACAUCUUAAGAGCAAUAGUGACAAACCAGAAAACAAACAGAAGAGACCAGAGUGGGAACAGAAAGAAUGACUGAAGAAACGAGAACUCUUCAAUUUACAGAAGAGAAAAGUGGGGCCUUCUCUGAGCUCACAAACUCUUGGAGGAUAGUUGCUCAAGUGCUUAUGAUGGUCCAAGUACAGUCACAUAUGUUAUCUGAUUUAAUUCUCACAGCAGCCUUGAGAUGUGUCAGUCAUCCCCAUUUUGCAGAUGGAGAAAGAGACUCAAAGAGCUUUAGUAACUUCUCAAGUUCCCACAGUAAAGCAAGUGGCACAGCCUCCAUUUGAACCCAAGCUUAUGUUCUCCUUUUGCCAAGCUGCCUUACAGAGCUUAGCCAGUCUAGUCCCCCACUCCAGGCAAAGCAGCCCCGAGGCAGCGGCACUUUUUCCCAGACUUUGGGAUUUCUGAGUUAGAGAGUAUU